CCCAGUCCGCUGAGUUUUCCUGAUCCCUCGUCACAUGGUUUGUCAUUACCGUGCCGAGCACAGGCCCUUCCUUGGACUGCCAUCUGAAAUUCAAAUGGACGUGUGGAGGAGGCACGGCAGAGCGGAGUCACGGGGGACCUUCCUUUACUCGGAAGCAGUAGCACAAGAGGGAAAAUAAACAUAAGGAAGGAGGAGGAAGCGGCUGCGAUGUACGCGCGACGUCUUCUGGUCAUGGAAGAAGUUUUUUGGGACACUUCGCUUCUUGGGAUCGCUUUUGUUUUAACACAAUAGGAGAUACGAAUUGGGAAAAUAAAUGAACGCCGGAGUUAUCCGUGAAAUUGUAGCCCCUCCGGCAAAGAACUGCCACACCUUCAUCAUCAGUCUAACAGGUUGUCUACACAACUGUCCAGAUGGGUUGCAGUUGCUGUAGGAUGAUAAAAAGUUACAUCUAUGACCCCUCAGUCCCUGUGGAAGUUCCUGGUCGGAAGCGGGACCCCACCAGCAGCUCUCUGUAUCAAUCUCACAGAUUCCCCGAGGAGGCAGACCACAUUCACAAGAAGCAAGGCUUCCACAAUUUGGCAUACAGCACCCACCCCAGCUCGACCAAACUCGACAUAGACAACAACCACAUCAACCGGCUCCAUGCUAACAUUCCAGGCGAGCAGAUCCGAUCGAACCCAGCGGACGGCGACCCGAGUCGUUACAUCCUCCAGCCCGAGGGUCAGGGGUCACCCAUAAAAUCAGCCCCUGCCUUACACCCCAACCCACCCAUACAGAACGAGUCAUUGUUGGGAACGGAAGCGGGCAAGCGAGAGGAGAGAUUCCGAGACUCUGGACUGGGCGGCGGAGGGAUAACAGAUGGGACAGAAGGAUUGGAUGGAUAUCCCUAUGGACAGGAAGAUGAAGACGAGGACAGGAAGAGCAGGCUGGCCGGUACUCCGGACACGGCCGAUGAGGAGAGUGUGCUGUCUGUGGACAUACACACCAGCAGUACGAGCCUCUCUUCAGCAGACACAAAGCUCAUAUUAGAGAAUGGAGAAAAGGAAGAGCCCUCGAUUGUGAGAGAAGAGAAAGAGAGAGUGAAAGAGGUGGACUGUGUGAGCGUCACAGACUCAAUGGUGGCAGAGGCCUUGGCCGCUCUGGAUGCGGCGACUGCGGGAGAGGAUUCUGAGUGACGCACUAGUUAAUGGUGAUUUCCAUACUCACUCUCUCGCUCACCCUACAUAUUUGAAUACAGCCAAAUAUUAGCGCUCCUUAGAUGACGCUUUCCUGCAGCCUGCCUGUAGGUACUUUUAUUUUGAAUGGAAAAAAAUCAAAUGAAGACUUGAUAACAGGAACUGCUGCUUGUUUACACAACAAAAACUGACCAUUUAUGAGACUUGCUUUAGCAAAUGAAGGUCGCCUGUGCAAUUCAGAGGCAUGGACAAACUCAAUUCUCAGACCAAACAGCAAAGACUGUUGCAUGAUUUUUCUCAGUGCUGUUGUGUACACAAUCGUACAUCAUAAUGAAAUAAGCUGUUUAUCGUUAACUAUUAUUUUUUCUGCACCAUAACAUAAUGCAAGUACUCUUCUUCUGUAGCGACUGUUUGGAGGUGGGGCUAAAUUAAUCUAAGCACUACAUAACAAUUAUUUUCAUACAUUUUCUAUACAAAGAGGUGGUGAAAAACAAAUAAGCCAGUGUCCUGGUGUGGGCUUAUUUCUGUGCUUAUUGCACUUUUAGAGAUGUUUUAUGAUAUAUAUGAUCAAACUGCUUAAUACAGUAAAAUCAAGCUCGUUCAGUCUCAACAGAUCGAUAUGCUAUUUCUUGCUUGUUACACUGUGAAUACAUCAGUACCCUCAUAGAGCUGUAGGAUGACGCUUUAUUUUUACACAUAAAUGUACAGCAAGAAUUGUGUUGAAUCUCAUGAGAACAAAUUUCAACCUAAAACAAAAAGGGAAAUAAUAUUUUGCAUAAAAUGCAUGUUUAUUCUGUAUUUUUUAUUAUGUUUUAAAUACAUUAUAUAAUAUAUCUUAUAAAUAUAUAUAAAUAAAUAAUAUAUCUUUUUUACAUUACAGGAAACACAAUGGUACAGUGGUGGCUUUAUGCAAAAUAUAAUUUCUUUUUUUUCUUUAGAUUUUGAAAUGUGAUCCAAUCAUAGUAGAUUUCAUGAGACUUGUAUAUUUAUGUUACGUACUGUUUAAAAACAGUAGCAUGUCGAGGAAUCAGGCCAGUGAUGGUAGUUGAUGCUGUACACUCAGACUCUUAACUAGUCCUGGUUAACUAUCAGAGGCCUGAUUAAAAGAGCCCUACUAAUUUAACUGUAUCAUAUGACUCUCAUGUCUCAUGCAGACAUUUCUAUACAUUAGUUUAUAAAUGUUUUUAUGAAAAGAUCUUUUAAAAAAAUAUAUGUAACCCCCGUAUACAAGAUAUACAAGAAAUUAUUUUAUUUUAUUUUAUUUUAUUUUAUUUUUUUAAUCUUUAUGAAGGUCAUUGAGUAUUUCCAAAUAUUUUACGAAGUAUGCAUUGGUUGAACUUUAUGUGUUGGUCAGAAUCAUUUCUUUUAAACCUGUUAAUGAGUAAAUGUUAUUGACAGGAACUGAUUUUCCAAUGAUAUGACAUUAUGACUGCAUUGAAUAAUUUGAAUCCAGUGCACAUUCACAGUGAAUAUGCUGUUUCUGUCUUUACCAGAGGACAGAAUUGUCACAUGAACCAGGGCAAAAUAAAAACAAUGUGCUUGA